CUCGAAUCAGAGUCAUAGAAAUCUUGUCAAAAAAGUUUGCCUUUUAAUUUUCAAGGGAAAAGUAAUAUUUACAGUAAAGUUUUAUUUAGUUGCAUCUACAAUGACGACCUGAAUUGAUUUGAAUCACAAUGAAAGUUAUUAGUUGGGAGUAGGCGAGGUGUAAAAAAGAAAAUAAAACAUUUUGAGGUGAAUAACUAGAAUCUGAAUGACGAAAUGGCGGAAAAUGGGCCAUUUGUCGCAAAACCGGCUAGGGGGUGGCUUCACCCAGACUCUGUUUUGGCAAGCGAUGGAAUCACUUACGCAGUGCGGUACAUAGGAUGCAUGGAAGUUAUGACAUCAAUGAAGAAAUUGGAUUUUGAAACAAGAUCACAAGUAGCCAAAGAAUGCAUUGCCAGAGUGUGUGCAGCUGCAGGCUUAAGAACUGCGGACAAAAAGCGUCGUAUAUGCCAAGCGGCGGCGUGUGCGCUCGCUCCACGGCCGAGAAUGUCACAUUCCGGUUCUAAUGUAGCCCUCACAGUGUCGUCAAGAGCAAUAACACUAGCUGCACUGGAAGGUGGUGAAACAAUCGCUCGUCAUGAUAUGCCACGAGUUUCAUUUGCGUCCGGUGGAGAUCAGGACUCACUAGAUUUUGUAGCAUAUGUGGCUAAAUCAGCACCGCCCACUGAAUGGAGAGCUUGCUAUGUGCUUGAAUGUGGCGGGCGACUAGCUCAAGAUGUCAUAGCCACCAUCGGACAAGCUUUUGAACUGCGAUUUAAAGAGUUUCUUACUAAGCCAAAUUCGAUAAACAUAAACGGCUCUCGCGCGCUGAACACAGCGACGAGUGACGUCACGUCAUGUCUAGAGGAAAGAGAGUACUACAACGACAUGCCGGACAAGAUCCCGCCCGAGCCAGUGCCACCGAUAUCCCAGCAUAGACACCCACCGCCUCCUCCGCUAGCCUCGCUAGCACCUAUAUCCUCUUGUGAAGAAAGUGUUCGACACUACGUAAACCAGACUCCGCCUCCCAGAACGCCGCCUACUGCACUACUACCCAACCAUCACACUGAUAUUUUUGAUAUGCAACCGUUCACAGCGGCACCAAUGACGUCAUCGUCCCCCUCCCCCGCUACUUCCCCCGGCGCGCCGGAACCCGAGCCAUUAGGGCCAAGCGCACAAGCAGCCCUGUUGGCCCGUGAGCCUUGGUUUCAUGGCGCUAUAUCGAGGAGUGCUGCGGAACGGUUGGUAGUAGAGGACGGACAGUUCCUGGUGCGCGAGUCUAGCGCGUGCGCGGGCCAGUUCGUGCUGACGGGCGCACGGCGCGGCGCACACAAGCACUUGCUGCUCGUUGAUCCUAAUGGCGUGGUACGAACCAAAGACCGCGUGUUCGAAAGUGUACCGCAUCUAAUCAAAUACCACUGCACCAACGAGCUGCCCAUCGUGUCUGCUGAUUCGGCACUUUUGUUGCGUAAACCUGUUCUGCGAUCUACAUAAAUGUUAAAAACUUAUAAAUAUAGGACGAAAUAUAAUUGAUGUAAUUAAACUGGACAGAGAAGACAAUGUAACUUGAAAAUUAUGUGUAUUGUUGAACCAAAGAAUGUUUAAAAAAUCUACAAUUUAAGUGACUGAAAUUGAAAAACGGAUUCUACAUAAUUAUAUGCAUGCGUGUGUCUAUAUUUCAUCCUUUUUUAAAUUUGUUUCCUUAUCUAAUACUUAAAUGGCAAAAUAUUUAAAUUUGCUCAACUCAAUGCGUAAAUACAAUAUACAUUCUAUAAGAAUCAUAAUAAAAAUGUCAUAAUAUUGUCUUCUUUGCCCUGUAUAAACUAAGAAUUCACAAGGUACUAAAAGUGUCGUCUAUACAAUUUAUUCUUUAUUAUAAAAGACAUAAGGGUCAAUGUUACGCAUGUACAUUACUGUUAUGCAUUUAAUAAUAUUCACGGAAUAUUAAACAGAUACUUUAAACUUGUAUUGUACCAUUUUCGCGGCCGAGCGCGGGGACCGAAUCCAGAAAUUCCGUAACGAAAAAACCUCACGCUCCCCACUCCGACAUAUAGCUUUACUGCGGCAGUCCCCGAGUGCCACACGUAUUUUUCCACAGAAUCGAUCGCGACAAAUCGUAUUUAAAAUGUAUGUAUAUUUACAUAUAAUAUUUAGAAAAAUAAAGAUCGUGCGUUCACUGUAAUUAAUUUCACUGAAAUUAUUACACAAAUGUGCACCUUAAACUUUAAGAAAUAGAUAUCAAAAUUGUAUGAAACUUUAGUAGAUCCAGAAGUGGGCUUGUUUUUAAAUACCUUGUUUUAUAUUCCGCGAUGAAAUGUAUACAUUUUAUAUUCUAUGACGUAGAUAGUAUAUUAUUAUGUUCUCUUGCAAUAUUAAUGUAUCCUUCAUAUAACUUACUUAUUUUUAAAAAAAAUUAACGUUUUUGGUUAUUCAUAUAAUUUAAAAGUAGGUGGAAAAAGGCACAGGUGUUUCGUGUAAAAAUAUCUCUAUGGUUUAGACUUUAGAUGCUCAAAAUUAAAAACGCGCAAACUUUUCUCGUUAAAUCUAAUAUUUUUUUUUAAUGUUAGAUCUUGGAAAGUUGCACAAUUUAGCGUUAGAAUAGCGGACCAGCUAAUAGAAGUGCUUAUAAAAUAUUUGUUCCUUAUUAAAUAUUUUGAAUGCAAUUGAAGAGACAUUUUCUUGGUUAGCACUUUAAAAAAAUUGUUAAGCACAAAAAUAAAUCCAUAUUAGAUAUUGCUACUUUCCCUUUGAAAUUGAUCCUUUGCUCCUAUAGAAGGUAACCUUUUAAAAACAUUAAAAAAGUCUUGUAGGGUAGAGAGCGAAACUUAUCUUUUAAAUCUAAAAUAACUCACUAAAACUGCACAGGUCCCAUAUACGAAUUAUUACUAAUAUAACCAUUAAUACAUAUUAUUGUGUAUUUAAAUGUUAUCGUAUUUUGUAUCAAUGUAAAACAAAAUCUGAUUAUGAGGUUUUUAGUGCAUUUACAUAGCGAAACUUAUUUUCUCAAAUGUACAUAAUACAGGCCUAAUUUUUUGCACAGUGUAUAUUUUUAUUUUUAUUGUUAAACAAAGUUGUAUGUUAAAGGCCUCUUUUAAAUUAUUUAUAUACAAAUUACAAUAUUACUAAACACUGAUGAUUAUUACAUUACUUAAUCAAUUAUAGAUAAUCAUGUUAAAAGUUAUAAUAUAAUAUGUUAUAGUUUCAUCGAAUUAUGUCUUCCAAAUGAUAAAUUAAUGACAUUUUCAUAUUUAUUCUAAUAUGCAUAUUAUUUAUAAUUGACCGUAAAGCAUUUAAUACUUAAUUUUAUGUAAUUCAGAUAAAAAUAAUAACAUUGCAUUUUAAUACGUACAAACGUAUAUACAGGGGAAAAAAACAAAAUCUGAAUUUUGUUUGUCUUUGUAAUUAUUAUAUAAUGUGACGUAAAGUGGGAUUGUAGUAAAGAUUUGCGUGAAAGUUUGUCUGUUAGAUGACAGUAAGAACUGAAGUAUUGAAGUGAACCUUCGAUCAUGGAUAUCAACUAGAUACACAAUCAACGAUGAUUUGUAAAUCCGACCUUAAAUCAUUAUAAUAAGGUGGAAUUUAUUUCGCGUGUAUUACCCAGCUAACUAUGGUAUGUAGUAAAAAUGUAUUAGUUUUGGUACGUUGAAUUAGUAUGCCAAUAAGCUUGAUUUUGCUGUAACUUUGUUCCUUUCUUAAGGACAGUUUAUGUUCGUUUUGUAUAGGAUUGUGUAUCUAGUUGUUUCAAAUGAUUAAAGUAAAAAAAUCCCCACAUGUAAUAAUGAUGAUUGUUACUAUUAGGUAUCAAAUAUUUUAUUGCUAUUUUAUUAUAAUUGUAGCUAAUGUAUUUUCUUUAGGUGUAAGAUCAGUUAAACUCGAUUAUUUAGAAUGUAUAAAUGAUUAUGUGCAAUCACAAUGCCAAACGAGAGAAUUUUGGAGAAAAAUUUAGUUUUCUAAUCAUAUACGACAUAUUUUUAUAUGAUCUGCAUUUUUAAUUUGUAUUCAUUCCAUGCUCUCUUAAUUAAUUUUAAAUUAUACAUAAUUAUUGCACGAAUUUUUAAUGUUUGUAUCAUGUAUUUUAAGAUAGUUCACAAUAUAAAUGUGACAUAACUAUAGGUGCUAUGAAAGCUUACUUAAAUAAAAAAAUACCAUUAUAUUUAACUGUAUACAUAAAUAUCUGCGUGAUGAUAUUUUAUCAUAGGACUGAAUAAAAAGGUGGCUCGAUUUCCUCUGAUCGACGUUACGGAAAUGAAACAUGAGUGAAAUAAUUGAAAUUUCACAAACGAAUACCCCAUUAUAUCUAUAUAAGAAUGCCUAACUAAUGUAAAUAAAUUUACCAUCUGUUAAUCGAACGAAUCGUGUAAACACAGUUUCUUUACAUAUCCAUAUUGAAAGUUACUAUUAUAAAUUUGCUUGAUUAAGGGCCGAUUUUUCAAUCCUUGGUUAAAAUUUAUCCGUCCAAUAAAGUAUUACACGAACAUUUUAAAAUGUCACCUGUAAACUAUCCUAAUAUACGGACA